GUCGAAAUGAUCAAAUCGGAGGUGUUGCUGACGAUGGACGACUACAUGCGAGAACCCUCCAUCUCGUCGCUUAUCGCGCACUGGUUUCGCUCGAUAGUGGACCUGAUCGCCGAUCCACGAGCGAAACAUCUUCCCUUCAUGGACAAUCCACUGCCGACGCUCGGAAUGAUCAUCAUCUACCUCUUAUGGGUUCUCCUGAUCGGUCCGAUGUACAUGCGCGACCGGAAGCCGAUGGACUUGCGACGAGUGAUCAUCUUCUACAACCUGUUCCAGGUGCUGCUGAGCGGUUACAUGUUCUACGAGCAUCUGAUGGCCGGUUGGUUGCGAGGCUACAGCUUCACGUGCCAAACAGUGGACUACACCGACAGUCCCCUUUCGCGAAGGAUGUUCAACCUCUGCUACGUGUACUAUCUCUCGAAGCUGUCCGAAUUUGCCGACACGGUGUUCUUCGUGCUACGCAAGAAGCAGUCGCAAAUUACCGAUCUGCACGUGUACCAUCACUCGUUGACGCCAAUCGAGGCGUGGAUUCUAACGAAAUUCAUUGCCGGUGGUAACGCGACGCUGCCGAACGUGAUUAACAACUUCGUGCAUGUGCUAAUGUACUUCUACUACAUGCUGUCGGCGAUGGGACCCCGCUACCAGAAGUACCUCUGGUGGAAGAAGUACAUGACUGAGGUGCAAAUCAUACAAUUCAUCAUCUGCAUCGCGCACUGCAUCAACGCCCUCGUGACCGGAUGUCCGUUCCCGCGCUUCAUCUCGACGCUGCUGCUCAUCAACGCCACCAUCUUUCUCGCUCUGUUCAUGAACUUCUACAUCGAGAGCUACAAGCGCAAACCGAAGGGUAAGGUCACAACCGAUGCGGCACCCAUCCCGAUGCCACCGAAGGCAAUCGAGCAAUCCGGCGUGCAGGAACUGCCAGCUGACCUGCUCCCGGUGGUCGCACUCAAGGACGAAACACCGGUACCCGCACCCGACGGCACCCUGCCCGAGGACAUUAACAAUAACCUCAGCCGGACGGUGCUAGAGCUCGAGAAGCUCCCGGCUGGGGAUGCGUCGAUCGAUGCGGCUCUAAAUCUUUGCACGGAAUCCACGGAACUUUCUGCGAGCGAGUGCACCGAGGCUGCCACGGAUGCUACGCAACAACAGCAGCAACACAUUGAGCACGGACACUCUGGCGGGCUGCGGCAUCGGAUAGUGGGUGUGGAGCAGCUGGCAGAAGAAUCGCGGACGGGGUCCGGGCAACCCGUGGAGCUGGCCAGCGGAUGA